AGAAUCUUGAUCAAAAUGGAUCUCAGGUUAGGAUUAAUUAUAUUCACUUUUUACUGUGUUACAACAGUUACACCAGCUAAAUUACCAAUAACCAAAUCGAAAUCAAUGCUCCUUCAUUGUACAGAAUCCAAAAAUCUACUCUAUCAACCUGGAAAAACUUAUAUCUACGAUUAUGAUGGAAAAACUCAAAUAAGCUCGGCUGAAGGAAACGGACAAGUGAUCGAGGUUAAGGCCAAAGCUCAUGUUUCGGUCAUUGACAAUUGUGAAUUAAGUUUACAGUUGAAAAAUGUUCAACUUAAAGGCUUAGAAUCUGAAAAUGAGGCUAUUAAAGAGCUUCAAGAUCGUCCUAUUGGAUUUUCGUACCAAGAUGGUUCGGUAGCUUCGGUUUGUCCAUCGGCUGAAGAUUCAACUUGGUCAGUUAAUGUUAAAAAAGCGAUCAUUUCAGCACUUCAAGUAUCUUCAACACCAAAAUCUGGUAAGACAAUUGUCACUGAAAUUGAUAUUCUUGGUCAUUGUGAAACACAAUAUGAGGCGAUUGCGAUUCCCUCUUCAUCAAACACUUUAAAAUCAAUUAAAAAGACCAAAAAUUUGCGAAAUUGUCACCACCGACAAGCCAAUCUAUUCUCAUUGUUUCCAACCAAAUACUCAUCGGAAUCAAAUGGUAUUCAAAAUAUUCCCAUUCUUGCCAAUGAACAUUCCUGUUCAAUUGAAGUCUCCAAAGAAUCAAUCGUCUCCAGAGUAAUUUGCACCGAUUCAGCGACACUUCUUCCUCUAUCAUGGUCCAAAUCAGCCUCAUCUGGUUUCGAUUCAAUGUUGACCUUAACUCUUGAAGCUUCAGUUCCAAGCUCAUCAGUCCGACCGAUUGAUUCAUCUAAGCGACAAACAUUGGCCUUUAAACAUACACUCAAAGAGUCUUGGGCUUCAGCCAAAAGCGAUGCCAAUCAAGUGAUCAAUUUACUUAAAGAUCUUUGUAGUUCCAUCGAAGAUGAAGUCAAAUCAAAUGUUCCAUCAAGAUUCGCCGAACUUGUCUAUCAUUUACGAAGCUUAUCGCCAUCAUCAACAUCCAAAAUCUGGUCAGCCAUUAGUAAGAACGAAAUUUGUCCAUCAACAUCCAAAUUAUCGGAUCUAUUCACUGAUGCUCUCAUCAUGGACGGAAGUGAAGGAUCACUCAAGGUUAUCGUCGAACUGAUCAACGAAGGUACAUCCAGUCCAUUAACUGUAAACUAUUGGUUAACUUUAUUGGCUUUCGCUAGUUCACCAACUGAAGGUUCCAUUAAGUCACUUUUACCUUUAAUUAAGAACAAAGCAUUACCACGACAAUCAGUUCUUGGCGUUUCAGCGCUAGUCCACAAUUACUGUUCUUCUCCCGAUGUUGAUUGUACCUCAUCACCAAUUGUAAAUGAAGUUACUCGAACCUUGGCCUCACGAUUGGCUUAUAAAUGUUCAGUUUCACCAGAUACUGAAGACGAUGCCAUAGUUGCACUUAAGGGCUUAGCCAAUGUUGCUCCUUAUCUUUCAACAGGAGAAAUCAGAUCAAUCCUCGAAUGUUCAAAGGACUCAAAUUCACUUUUCGUCCGAAUAACUGCAAUCGAAACACUUCAAUCAGUCUCAUGUUUAGAUUCUGUCGCUCCAACAAUGAUGGAAUUGUUCAUCUUACCUGAACUCGAUGCAGAAUUGAGAAUCGCGGCUUAUAAAAAUGUCAUCUCAUGUCCAUCGGCAUCUAAAAUUGAAGCGAUCAUCACAACAUUGGAAAAUGAAAACUCAACUCAAGUUGGUUCAUAUGUGGUCUCACAUUUAUCCAAUAUCCAAGAAUCGUCCGAUCCAUUGAAAAGUGAAAUUAAAUUAUACUUAACUGGAAUCAAGAUUCCAUUGAAAUCUUUCCCUCAAGACAUUCGUAAAUAUUCAAGAUAUUAUGAAUUAUCUCAACAUUUCUCCAAGAUCAAUGUCGGGGCUGUUGUCGAAUCUGAUGUUAUCUUUGAUGGAUCAUACAUCCCACGAUCAAUCAAGGCCAAUCUUUCAGUUCCAAUCUUCGGUUCCUCGAUCAAUUUUGCAGAGGUUGGUUUCCGACAAAAGGGACUUGAAAAUUCAAUCCAGAGUCUCUUUGGACCAUCAGGAUCUCUUAAAGAUAAAAAUUGGAGAGAAAUCUUGGAAACCUUAGCAACAGCUCUUCUCAAUGAGAACGAUCCAAAUGAAAUUGAAGCCAAUCGUUAUCGAUUAGCUCGUCGAUCAGUCCAAUGGCCAUUCAAACCUGUCAAACUCGAAUCUCUCGUGAAAAAGGCGACCAUCACUCCCGCUCCAGUCGAAGGUUCAAUGUACCUCAAGGUAGAUGGUAAAACCAUCAUUUAUCUAUCCGUAGCUGAUGCGAAAAAAGAUUCAAUCAAGUCAAUUUUUGAUUCUCGACUCGAGAACGUUGUUAAAUCAGCUAAAUACGAUCGAGCCUUUAGCUUCAUGGUUAUGGACUCAAUUCAUCAAUUCCCUGGUAUCAAUGGAUUCCCAAUCAAAAUCGACAUUAAUUCAACAGCAGUAGUUGGUUACAAACAAACUGACGAAACAAUUUACCCAAGUUUUGCUUCCCAAUUAUCUGUUAAAAUUGGUUUUGAUGCUCGAACCUCACAACCUGGACUCAAAUGGGUGACCACAGUUAACUCUGCACCCGCUUUGUCAGCUCAGGUCAAAUACAAGAAUUCAAUUCCAGUUAAUGUCACUUUGUCCAUUCCAAAGGAAACUUUAACCCUUUUCCAUUACAAGAGUGAACUAAUUUCAAUCGCUGCUGAUAAUUCAGAGAAACAAAUUCGAUCGGCAAACUCCCGUCAUCACGAUGGUUGCACCCAAAGUUUCACCAAAUCUCUGGGAUUUGAAUUAUGUGGUGAAUUUACAGCACCCAAACCUUUAUUUACUUUGAACUCUCCAUUUAUACCAUUUAAUGGACCAAUGAAUUUUGAUAUUUCUCUUCGUAAAACCGAUAAAUCAAUGAAAGGAUGGACCUUCUUCAUGGAAAUUCCUGAUGAUCAUGAAAUUGAACACAGAGUUUACAAAAUUGGCUUCGAUAAACCAGGAUCAAUGGUCAACAGUGAAUACAAAUUAUCUUUGGGUUUCAUCAACAAGAUCAAUUCAAAAUCGAAUUACAGAAAUGUCCAAUUUUCAUUGAAUUCACCAUUCAAAUCCAUUGAUGCUCUUGUUUCUAGUGAAUUCGGAGAUAAAAUUGUUCAAGUUCGAGGUGGACUCGUUGUUGAUUUCGAGAAAAGUUAUACCGUCAUGGCGAGAUUGACCAACCAACAACCUGGAAAAGAUAUGGUUUAUGAAGGUGAAAUUUUACUUGGACUUGACCAUCUUAUCGGACGGACAAUCAACAUCAAGAGUAAAAUGUCAAUCAAAGAGGACAAUUCAAUCAACUUCGUUGUUAAACCUGACAACGGUGUUUCAUACAUCGAAGGUGCCGUUAGUUUGACUCAACCUCGUGUUGACAUUUUUGGUGAUUUACGAUUCAUCUCAUUCAAAAUGUCAAGUUCAAUGAGUCGAGAAAAAUCUGGUCUGAAAAAUAACUUCAAUCUUUCCUAUCGAAAACCAAAUUCAAACAAAGAGGAAAAAUUAACUCUCUCAAGUUCAUUCAAACAAUCGCUCACUGGUUCAAUCCACAAGUACAUCAGUAAAGUUGAAGGUUCGGCUAGUAAAUGGCCAAAGAAUAGCUUCUUGGUUACAUGGGAAUCAUCUUAUGCUCCAUGGGAAUUGGUUGAAAACGAUUUGACCAUUGAAACGGGAUAUAAAUCAUCUCGAGGCUAUUCAAGUAAAUCAAAGAUCACUCAAGUAUCACGAUUCACCGGUUUGACCGGAGAUUAUUCCGAUGUUUUCGCCCGUAAUACUCUUGUCAUCGAUGUUGCUGGAGUCUAUUACAAAGCUAAUUUCAUGGCUAAUGGACAGUUGACCAGUUCUUCACCAAGAGCAAAGAUUGACUUUACUGGUGGAAACCGAUCCAAUGGAGACAAACACAAAGUUUUAAUUGACUUUGGAGCUGAAACUAAGCCACUUUUCCGAUCAACUUCAUCUGCAAUCAUCCGAUUGGGAUCCGUUUCAGUCAAUUUUGCUGAUUCACUUUCCGAAAAGAGUCAAGGUCAAUUCGUUGGUAACAACGAGCUCAUGAUUUCUGGAUCUACUUUCUGGACUGUGGGAUACAACUACUCUAAAGGUAACGACAAUCAAUAUAAGAUGACCCGAGGUUUAGACAUGUCAAUCAAACUACCAAGUUACAACAUCGAUUUCACUCAAGAUGGAUCAUUUGUCAUGGAAAAUGACCAAAUUAUCGUCACAACCAUGGGCUCGAAUAGACAAUCAAAACUUUGGUCAAUCGAUAGUAAAAUCAGUCAAUCAUCAAAUUCAUCGGUUAAAAUAGAUUUACAUUCAAUUGGCUCAGCUGAACUCGAAGUGUCACCUUUUGCUCCAACCCGUUUGGGUUACCUUAAAUUGUCACGUAAUGGUUACACCAAAUUGAGCAAAUUUGCUUAUUCACCAUCAAGCAUUGGCAUCGAUUCCGAAUUGAAAUCAAAAUCAUCGCUUAUUUACCAAUUAGCCGGUAGAUAUAAGUCAAUUAACAAAUGGUCAACUUCAAUCAUAACCAAAUCAGUUAUAUUAAGCGUUGCUCUUGCUCCUCAAAACGGUAAAUUUGACCUUAAAUUGACCAAACCACAGGUACAUCAUAUCACAUCGUUCUCAAAGGAUCAGGCCACUUUUUCAUUCACCACCGAAACCAAACAACAAUCGAAACCAAUUUUAUCAAUGAAGACAGAUUACCAUUCAGCCGGAACAUUGGCCGUUGAAUUUGUUUCAAAUCCCGUUGAACUUCAUUCAGAAGCUACUUUUAAAUCAAUCGAUCGAUUAGAAUUGGAAUCAAAUCUUAAUUUGAAAAAAUACGGAAAAUUUUUCACCAUUGAAGCUUCACGAGUCAAGAAAAAUGUUAAAAUCAAUCUAACUGGACGAGAUAUUUUCUCAGUCAAAUGUAAUAUCGAUUCAACUGAGAAUUUCAAACUUGACAUUGAUAUAACUGACCAAGGAACAACCGGACUUGAGAUUAGUAACAAACCCGAUCUGAAAGCUUUCGCACUUAAUGGUAAUUAUCCAUCAUCCGGUUGGGAACAAUCAACUUUAAUCCAACACACAUCAGAAGCGACAACCAUUUUCUCAAACACCCAAAAACUGUCCCAAAGAUAUUUCUUCAUCAAUGGUCGAUUAGCUGAAUCUUUAUCCGCUCUCGAUGUUAAACUUGGUGAAAGUGAAUCACUUUACAGCGAAUGGUCAUCAGUUAAAGGAAAAGGUUCUCUUAAACUGACCUCUGGUCAAUAUUCCUUUGAUCAUGAUUCUUCCCUUUCAUUGGUAUCUAACAAAGUGAUUUUCUCAUCAUUAACCAGCAAAUCAUCAAAAUCUCUGAUAAAAGUAAACUUUGACAGCGAUCUUAGUUCAAAACUUGAUUUAAUCAUGUCUCUUAACGAUGAUCAUUCAUUAAGUUUAGCUUUGGAUUCCAAAUCAAACUCUCAAAAUGCUAAUCUUAAAUUAACAUCAAAAUCUCAAUCCUUGGAUCAUUUCACUAAAGUUAAUUAUGCACCUUCAGCGGACAGUUUUGACCUUAAAUCAUCGACAACCUCGAAAGGUAUUGAUGUUGCUACAAUUAAAUUCCAAUCAACUGCACGAGCACCAGUAACCAUUGAAAUCUACAGUCUCAAAGUGAUCGGUACUUUCCAGGUCGAAUCAUCCGGCGGAGAUAAACGAUAUGCAUUGAAAGUUGUACAUCCAAUUAACUUGGAAACAGAAAUUAACAACAAACAAAGAUCAUCACAAUUUAAUGUCUACAGUGUUUACAAACACUUAAAUGGCCAACCAAUCUACGAAAUUGAUGCUAAAAUCCAACCCAAAGGUCUAUCAACUAUUGACGUUAACAUUGAGAAAAUGAAAGGUCACUUGACUUACUCUUAUUGGUCUUCAAUCGGUGUGACUUUCGAUAGUGGAUCUGGUUUCGAUCACCAAACAACAAUCAAUCUCGAUACUAAAACCUCAAUUCUUGAAAUUAAAUCGUCAUCCACAAAAUCGGGCUCAGCUAUUAUUCAUAUCGAUGGUUAUUUUGAUAUCAAUGAACGAAUGAGCCUCAAAGUUGUUAACGGACCUUGGGAUGGAGCAAUUGAAAUGAACGUAGCUAAUUCAGUCUUUACAACUUCAUUGAACAAUCAAGUUAAAGCUUUGAUUCAUUCAACUCGAGCCACUUUGAAGGAAGAUCUUUUCACUUUAACAUCAAACACAAUGAAAUCGUCGGUGGAUCUUUUCUCAUUAGACUGUCAACUAUCGGUCAACUCAAAAUCUGAGAUUAAAUUGUCAACACCAACUUGGAGCUCAACAUCGACUUACAAUGUCAUCAAAUCUUCAAGCAAUUUCCAAUUCACUUUAAAUAGACCUUCAAUUUCAUCCGAAUACAUCGCCACCGUGAUUUACGAUUCUCGAGCAUCAAGCUUGAAAUUGACCUCAAACAUCCAAAGGAAAACUUUGAAAUCAUCAAUCGAUUGUGAACUAAAUGGUUCAGCUAAAAGUUGGUUCAAAUAUUCAUCAUCAUCCAAUGGAAGAAUCGAUUGCGAAGUUAAUCCAUUUGGUACAAUUAAGACCGCUAAGAUUAGCAUUGAUUGGAAACCAACUCAAUUCAUUCACAACAGCGAAAUCAAGAACGAUCAAUUUGGAUUAAAGGUCAAAUCAACUUCUUCUCGAUUCUCAAAUUCAAUCUACACUUUCAAUGGAGAAAUCGGAUUCAUCAAUGAGCAGUCACCUGGAAUUGAAUUGAAUCUUGUCACCGGAGCAUCAAGUUAUCGACACGCAUCUUCAUACUCAUUGACCGAGAAUUCAGCCAAUUUACAAUCAAAAUCAAUCGUCAAUCGAGUAACUUUAUGGGAUAUCAAAGGUAAUUUACCAUUCAAACCAGACCAAUUGUUGACCACAUUCAAUUUGGACUCACCAAGAGUAUCUGGUAAAAUUAUUUUCGACCCAAUCGAUCGAUCAAUCAAAAUCGAGACCCUCGUCAAACAAUCUAAACAAAAAAUAGUUCUAAAGACAGUCUAUGGUCCAAUGGUCGUUGAUUCUUUCACCUUCGAUCUCUCUUGGGAUGCAGAUAAAGAUCCAAAUGCUCGUCUACUCAUUUCUCGAGAUGGUGAAACCAACGAUUCCUCAAGAAAAGAUUCAUUCACCAUGGAAUAUGGUUCCAAUGUUAAGGCCAAGCUGUCAAGUAAAAUAAACUACAAUCUAUUAACUGGUCCUCAUGAUGUUUCAUUGGCUUUCAAUUUACCAAAUUCACCUAGUAAAUCAAUCUCUUUGGUUCAUGAGAUGACACCGUCAGAGAUCAAAUGUGCUUUCCGAUUCUACGAAAAUAACCAAGUUGUCCAUCAAUUGGUCCACGAAAUGCACAUGGGCUCUGGAUCGGUUACAAUGGAAAUUGGAACCAAAUCAAGUUAUCCAACAUUCGAUGGUCUUCAUUUAUCGUUCAAACACUCUCAAAAUGCUUUCUCAUCAAUCACCAGUGAACUUAAAAUUCAACCUUCUUCCGGUUCACCUUAUUCAGUUAAACUCAAUACUGAAUCACCAGUUUCACGAAAAGAGAAAUCAUUUAUUGGUAAACUUUUGGUUAAAACACCGAUCAAUCAAUAUCGUCAACAAGGUAUUACAAUUAACCUUUCAUGGACUCCUGAAGGAACACAAUCAAGUGCUAACCUUAAAAUCACUCGAGAAUCUGGUGAUUCAGCCUCAUUCUCUAGCAGUUACUCUAUGAAAUCCUCUGGUGGUUCUUUGUCCCUUUCGUUAGAUGGUCCAUUAUCUGGUGUCUUUGAUGGUUCUAAAGUCAAAGGGCAAUUUGAUAGUCGAUCAAACAAAAAAUCAGUUACAUUUGAUUCAGAUAUCAUCACAAUUGGCUCAUUUAAUGUAAUUCUUUCUGAACAAAGAGGAAAAGUCGAAGGUCAAGUUACUCUUUCAUCACCACGAACAUCUCGAUAUAUUGGAACUCUCAAAACUAACAUGAAAACUUUCAUGGGAAUUACUCAUGAAGUAUCACUGACACAAGAUAAUCUUGAACUAUUUGCAUCCAAAUUAACUCUUGAUUACGGUAAACCAUUACUUGGUCAACUUAUUGUCUCCUCUAAAGGUUCAGAUGUCCUUCGUUUUGGACUCAAUCGUUUCGAUGUUUCAUCUGAUGAAACCAAAUACAUCGCUGAUUACACUGGACCUAAAGGACCUUUGAAGGUUAAUCUCAAUUUACAAUCAGCUACAACUCUUUCCCAAAUUGAAUUACAAGUUUGUCCAGCCAGCCAAUGUUACAGUCUACAAGCCACUGAUAUUAUCAAUCAAUGGGGUCGAGAUUCAAAAAUAACUUAUCGAAACGGUGCCCAUUCUCGCGUCUAUGCUGGUUCUUACAUUUUCAAAUCAAAAUCUGGCGAUUUCACUGCUUCCGGUUUGUUGAAUUUAAAUGGUGUUCCUUUCGGAGCUGAGCUACUCACAACUUCAUCUAAAUCGAUUGGAAAAAUCAUCUUGGCCCAAAGAAUAAUCGAAGCUCGAAUCAAAUCAACUGAUUCAAAGUUUGUUAUCGACUUCAUGGCUGAUGCUAAAAGAGAACCAAGUUCAAAGGUUACUAUUGAAGCCGAUUGGAUCAAUCAAUCGAUCCCAUCAAAAGGAAUAAUUAAUGUUAAUUACAAACUUCGAUUCGGCUCAUCUUCACUUUAUCGACCAAUUUCAGUUUCAUUUUUAUUCAAAAAAGAUCCAACUGAUGGACAAAAACCAUUCGAUUCUCGAAUCAUCUUGGAUUUGGGAAAAUCUGAUUCACAAUCGUUGAUCAUUGAAAGUUAUCUCGAAAAUAUUUCCUCGAACAACAAGUCAAUCGCAUUAACCAUUUAUCAACCUGGUUCAUCGUCGAAAGUGAACUUUGCUUUAAAAGGUCACUUAGGCUACACUAAGACCCGAUCAUCAGCUGGAAUCAAUUGGUCCUGGAUCGAUGAUAAUUUGGUCAAUCGUCGAGGAUUCAACCUAUUCAACAUUGACAUGGAAGCAAAAGAAAUGACUUAUAUUGCUCAUGGCGGUUUCAAUGAUAUCUCAAGUCGAAUUCAAUAUUUGACUGAUGAUAAAUCAUCCAAUCUAAUUGGUGAGAUGACAAUCAAUGGUAAAACGAAAAAGGGUCAACUAACUAGUGAAUUAGAAGGUAAUUGUGGAUCAGUUAAAGUUUUCUGUAAUAACAAUUUAAAGAGGAAAAUUGAAGCUUGUUACGAACCAUAUCAAUCGGUCAAGAUUAACAGUCAACGAUUCAAUUACGAUUCUUCAGCCCAAACUGACCUUUCACUGAUGUUAUCUCAGAGAAACGGUAAAGUUUUAAAGGCUUCAAUGAACUUGGAUCCAAAUUAUUCAAAACAAUUGAAAUCAAUUGAUUGGCCUUCAACCAACUUACGAAAACCUCAAUGGAAAGGAAUACCAUCUACCUUAUUAGUUGAUUCCCAAAUUUUCGUGGACAUUUACGAUCCAAUCAGUAAAUCAAUUACUGUCGAAAGUAUUGAACUUGUCAGCGAAAUCAAUCAACACACUUUACCUUUGAGAAGAGUCGUUGGCGAUUAUGCCCCAAAGCUAUCGUUCAACAUUCCAAAAAUUGACAUUUCUUCAAUGUUUGAUAGACUAAUCAACAAGAUCGAUACAACAAUUGACCUCAACUCCAUGAAAGACUUUGCCCUCGACGUAUUUUCAUCAUGCAAAAGUCGCGUUGACGAUAUGACUGAAAUUUUAUCUGAAAAUUGGCCCAAGAUCAAAGCAUCAAUUUCUAAAUGGACAAAUGAUUUAAUAACUGGUAUUUCACAAUCAAUCAAAUCAAAUUUAUUUGAAUCACAAUAUUUUCCAAUGAUGAGCAAAAAAUUAAACCAAUUAGCCAAAUUACCUUGUAAAUUAGCUAAAUCGGUUUCAGUUAGAAUGUCAAAUGUUUACACCAGCUUAAAGAAUCGUAUCAUGUCCAAUCCCGAUAUCAAAUCAUUGGUCGAUAUUAUCACCGGAUUAUAUGUUGAAAUUUUGACAGAAUUAAGGAAAGGCGAUUAUACCUCAGCUCUUAAAUCUUCCGCAUCACAAUAUCGUUAUCUGGCAUCACCUGAUGUCUGGGGAGCUUCAGCUCGUUUCACAACAUGGAAUCCAGCCAAGGGAAUGUACGAAGCCGAAAUCGUAUCACCAGUCGAUGUAGGAACCGUUAAAUCGUCGAUUCGAUCAUCCCAACAAUCUUUAUCCGAUCUUAAUGAUUCACUUAAUGGAUUGAAAGCUUCUCUUUGGAGUGAAAUGGCUCCUCCAUUCAAAGCAACUGCUUUUCUUUUGGGUGGACAACAUUUCAUCACUUUUGAUGGAAAAUCUUUUGAUUUAAACUCUGUUGAUUGUUCCUACUUGUUGGCCAGAGACUUUAUUAACGGAAGCUUUUCGGUGAUUGUCAAAUACCUUGGCGAGAAUAAGAAAUCAUUUCUAGUUACCUUAGGCGAUGAAUCUGUUAUUGAAAUCAUUCCAUCUGAGAAAAGAGUCAAACUUGGUAAAAACAAUGUCGAACUUCCUGUUGUUCAAGGUUCAUUAACUAUUCUUCGACACCAUCAAUCAAUCGUUCUUCAAGAUUCAUCUACUGGUUUAACUUUUAAGUGUUUCCUUGGUCAUGAUCUUUGUUCAUUGUCUCUCUCUGGAUGGUAUUUCGGACGAACCAAAGGUCUAUUUGGUACCUAUGACUACGAACCAUCAAACGAUUAUCUCCUUCCUAAUGGUAAACAAGCAACCGAUGUCAGUAACUUUGCUUCUGGCUGGGAAAUUGAAGGCUCAUGUGCCAAUCCAUCAGGAACACCAGUUCGCCGUGAUGAGAUUCGUCGAUCAAGUAAAGCAUAUCGACUUUGUAGCAAAACAUUUACAUCUUCAGAAUCACCUUUAGCUGAUGGAUUUUCAUUCGUUCCUCCCAGUUUUUACUUCGAGAUGUGCCUUCGACACAUGGCGAGUACCAAAGGACAAGAAAGACCCGAAAAAGCUCUUUGUACAGUUGCUGGAGCUUAUAUCGAAUCAGUUCGAGCUAAUGGAUUCGAGUUAACUAUGCCAUCUGAAUGUUUAACUUGUGAAGCUGGUCAAGAGUUUGGAAGCCGAACUUAUAUCUCACCAACCAUCAAAUCUUCAAGAGCUGAUGUUGUAUUUGUCAUUGAAGAGAGACCAUGUAACACUAAAUUGAUCAACGAUUUACCAAAUUUAGCUCGAAGUAUGAACAAAGAGCUCGAAGAGAUCGGUUUGAGAGACCCACGAUUCGGAGUAAUUGGAUUCGGUGGCUUAUCUCGUGAAGCUCAUGGACACACUGCUCGAGGUGAACUAUUGUUCAAACACCAAGACACCAUGAUGGCAACCAAAAGGAUGGAAUUAGCUCCCGCAAAUUCUUAUGACGCUAAUUACACUGAUGCUCUAAGUGCUAUCGUUUUAGCAUCACAAUAUCCCUUCCGAAAAGCAGCUUCCAAAAACAUCGUUCUUUUGACCUGCAAACCUUGUGAUGAAAAAUCUUCUCGAUUUGAUUACAAUGAUAUUCAGCAUUUACUUUUAUCCGAAGGAAUCACUCUUCAUGUUGUGUCCAAUCAACGAUUCGAAUCCAAACAUGCCACAUCGAAAACCCGAGAAAUUUUCGGUAUUGAUAGUGGAUCAAUUCAACGAGCAAGCGACAUUCGAUCAACUGAAAUCUCCGAUGAACAGAUUUACCUACGAAAAUCAAUAACAAUUCCCAAAGAUAUUUGUAUCUCCUUAGCUCACAUAAGCAAUGGUGCUUUCUAUCCAAGUCCAUUGGCCAUUUCACUGGAACAACGAUUGGAGAAACUUUGGUCUCUUGGUUUAGUUCGUCGAGUUGCAUCAACCGCAAUUCCUAAUCAAUGUCAACAUUGUGAUUGUGUUCCUGAUAAUGAUCUUUUACACUCGAAAAUACUUUGCCGUCCAUGUAGACCAUUAAAACCCGUUCAUUGAUCAUUUAAUCGACUAAAAACAACAGAAAAAAGCGAAGACAUUUUUGCAUUUUAUACUUUGGUUUCCUAGGAAAUUUCAAAUCAACUCAUUUUCGCAAUCCAAUAAUAAACUCAAUGUAUUUCUUUACCCUUUUAAUUAAUUAUGUCAUCGCCAAACUGUAAUCACUUUUUAUAUUUUAUUAGAUUGCAUACAUUCAGAGAUUAAAUUGUAAUGAACUUUGGUAGCCAUUAAAUAUUUUGUCACCAGAAAAAAUGAAA